AUGGGAGCACAAGCUGUAGACUAUCGAAUAUCCAGAGUGGUUGUUUGUUGCAAAGACUGUGGUCAAGACGUAGGGCUCUACCCCGCACGACACAAGUGUCAGGAAGUCAUUCGACCCCCAUUACCACCACUCCCAGCGAAUCUUGAUGACCACCAUGGCCUGCGAGUGCCUACACGUACCAAUGACAAUGUCUCCCGUUCUCGAUCAACCUCAUCAUCCUCGAGUACCUUGAAUACCCCAUCCGACACCAGCUCCACCACAACGACCGGUAGCAAGUGGACAGCACGCUUUGGACGUUCACCCUCCACAAAGAACAAUACCAAUGAUCCUGAUAAUGAAGAAGAGUCUGUAUAUUUCAACAAUUUCGCUGCACAUCUUCCCGAGGGGGGAGACUCACCUGGAUCAGGGCAAUCUGGAAAGAAAUUAUGGGGCAAAGUACGUCAAAAUGAAAAAUGGAAGCAAUUAAGCGAAAAGUAUGAUAAACCAAAGCAAAGUGCCAAAUUAUGGGGCAAGCUUGUUCAAGCAACACAGACAGUGGCCGAUAAAAUGCCCGCAAGGGAUGAUCGUGGACCUGAAUCAGAUGAAUCUGACUGGGAGGGUGAAUCUCAUGUCUCACGUAUACUCCGAGAAUACUAUGAGAAAAAGCAUGAACCACUACCCCAUUGGCUAUUUGACGAACGUAAUCCUCGGCCCGUAUCAUCUCGCAAAAGCCAUGAGCCCAUGCGCCCUGAAGAAAUUGGAAAUCAUCCUCCUGCAACACGUCGACCUACAACAGGAAGAAAGCAGCGACUAUGGGAAGUCAAUGACGAGCCACAAAUGACACAACGAGAACGUGAACGUGAAGAACUUCGUAAACAACGACCUGUACACAACAAUGAACCACCACCACCAUCAUCCAUGGAUGAGGAACGGGGGAGAUUUAGACGACAAUAUUCAGAUGAAUCAUCAUCCUCUCGAUACAGCACCCGUUCACGCUAUGAUGAUUAUCCUUCACCUUCUUCAUCAGGCCGUGGUGGUAGUCGAUAUUCUGGUUACGAUGCUGAUACAGAUGCACCAUCAUCAUCAUCGUACUAUAGAAGUGAACGCCCUACACCCCCCUCCAUGCGCUCACGAUCACCCGCUCGUUACUAUGGCGAUGACACGCUUGAUGCCUAUGGUGCUAGUAAUCGUUAUGCAGUAUCACCCAAAGGACAUAGUAUGCGAAGCCCUCCAACUAGUAGAUAUUCGGAAAGAGCAGGCUACUUUUAG